GGAGCAGUGCCCCUGAUUCGCUGGGAGCCUCUCUCCCAAGGAAACGCUGGCCCGAGGAGAGCCACCGCAACCACUGUCCUGUCCGUUGUUUAUCUGUCUAGUUCGGCUAAACCUCUGCAGUCAUGGCCGACGAAGGCACGGAUGAACGGUCCCCGCUGCUGUCAGCCCCGAACUCCGGGAAUGUCACACCGUCUGGACCGCCGUCGUACUUACAAGAUACAAGCCCAAGAGCCGAACUACCUCCUCCCUACACCGCCAUAGCCAGCCCUGACGCCGGGGGGGUUCCUGUCAUCAACUGCAGAGUGUGCCAGUCUCUCAUUAACCUGGAUGGGAAGCUACAUCAGCAUGUGGUAAAGUGUACUGUGUGCAACGAAGCCACGCCCAUCAAAAACCCACCGACUGGGAAGAAGUAUGUUCGCUGCCCUUGUAACUGUCUCCUCAUUUGCAAAGACUCGUCUCGAAGGAUAGGAUGCCCGCGACCCAACUGCAGACGCAUCAUCAACCUGAGCCCGGUGAUGGUGAUUCCGGAGGAGCAGCCGGCUCAGCCAGCCCUGCCCGUCCAACCAGAGGGCCUGAGGGUGGUCUGUGGGCACUGUGGAAACACCUUCCUGUGGAUGGAGCUCAGAUUCAACACGCUAGCCAAGUGCCCCCAUUGCAAAAAAAUUUCGUCUGUGGGUAGUGCUCUCCCUAGGAGGCGCUGUUGUGCCUACAUCACCGUGGGGAUGAUCUGCAUCUUCAUUGGAGUGGGGUUAACUGUUGGCACUCAGGACUUUGCCAGUCGCUACCAUGCCACCUACGUGUCCUGGGCUUUUGCCUACCUUCUGGGUCUAAUCUGUCUGAUACGAGCCUGUUACUGGGGGGUCAUCAAGGUCAGCUAUCCAGAAAACAGCUUCGCCUAGACAGACACAAGUGGCCAUUCUACUGUAAAUCUCUGUUGUAGAUGUUCAUGUUAUUAUUCAGAUCAAAGGUCAGUCCGUUCUGGUACAGUCACUCCUGGUCCAAGAGGACAGAAUUCCAGACCUGGUUUCACCACUGAAAUCCAUUUUAAUAAAAGGAUCAACGCUGUAGAUAUUUAUAAUUGUUGAAUUGGUUUGAUAAGUUAUAAAGUGUGACUGACAUAAUUUACACUGAAAAAGGACGAUAAUUAUGACAAUGAUUAUGACGUGAAUACGAUAAAAAAUAUGACAAAGAAUAUGACGUGAAUACGAUAAAAAUUAUGACAAUGAUUAUGAUGUGAAUACGAUAAAAAUUAUGACAAUGAAUAUGACGUGAAUACGAUAAAAAUUAUGACAAUGAAUAUGACAUGAAUACGAUAACAAUUAUGACAAUGAUUAUGACAUGAAUACGAUAAAAUUUUUGACAAUGAAUACGACGAUGAUUAUGACGAUAAAUGCGAACUAUGACGAUGAUUUUACUAGGAAGCCAGACUGCGGGUUUGGGUCUCCUGGACCAGGUAUAAGUACUAGCUGGCUGUCUGACCGACUGACUUUUUUUGCCGGGCUGAAUUGCUGGCUGAUUGACGGACAUGGUACCCAUUUUACGUACUGCAUUUUGUUACCGACCAGACCAAAUGAGAAUAAUAACUUUUAUUGAGAACAGUUUUGCCCAUUGCACUAUAAUUAUAUGCAAUUAUUUUGUUCUGUUGCUGCUAGUUUCCCCAGCUCCAAAAGCUGUCUCCUGUCCCAAACAUCCACCCUGCCUGUACAGAGUUGCUCCUGAUUUUAAUACUUUGAAAUGAUUGACAACCUCCCCCUUGGACCUGUGAUUACCAACUUUGUAUUGUACUGUCUUGUUAGUCAUAGUAUUUCAACAUGCUUUAUGCUUCCACUCGCAGUAGAGCAUUAACCUCUGGUUCUGUGUGGAAGAAAAGGCUAGAUUACAUGUCAUAGCCACUACUGACUCACUGCAUAUAUACUGCCUUUUCAUCACUGGUGGGAGAAUGACAUUCAUUUUCAAGCACACCUGGUCUAUAAUUGACAUUUCAAAAGCCAACUUUUUUCUCUGCUUCAGAAUCCACUUCUCCUAUUUGAAAUGGCAGAAGGAUGAAUGUUCAGUGUUCUGUUGUGUUAACCUGACACUCUGCCCUAGACUGAAACGACCAAACAGCUCAUGAUGAUUUUCUUUAACAAAUUCAGCCUUAGAUUUGAGACUUUCCUCUUCAUCAACUAUUAGUUGGCCACCAGAGGGAUAUUUUGUUUACUUUUGUUCAGCUUGGUCCUUCUCAUGUGUCAGUGCCUAAUUUUUGGUUCGUAACUAGUUAGCUACAGGUUCCCAAAUGGCGGAGCUCUCUUAUGGUAUUGCAUCCCAGUGCAACUGUGCCAUUGCAACAGGGAUUUGUGUGCUAGGGGCAUUAUCUUAUGCCCAGGAGUUCCGCAGAAAUGUGGUGCAAAUUGUCUGAGGGGGGCGAGGGACUAGUGUUAGCCACUGAUGUUAGACAGUGGACAAAAGACACAUUUAUGCACAAAUGACAAAAUCCAACUUUUUUUUCACACAAAUACAUGUGGUUUUACGGAUUAUUUUGAAAGGGAGUCCAUUGAACAUUACUGUUUACCUUCCAUUAUCAACAUAAGGUUAGAGGUCCUAAUGGAGUUGUCAAACGGCUAUAAUUCACUGUAGUUCAGCUCGCUACUCUGAGGUAUUCAGCGGGCUGCUAGACAGUAUUUUGAGGGGUCGAGGCAAUGCUGUGGGGUUUCCUCACAUUUCAGAGGAAAACAUUGUUCACUGUUUUUCCUCUGCUCAGUUUAAGUAAACACAUGACAUAGUAAAAGAUCAUAUUUAAAUGUAUACAACAUUUUGAAACGCCAAAUGCCUCUUUUUUUGUUGUUAUUGGUUGAUAGAUGUUUUACAGGAAAUGAUCAUGCCCAGUUUGUUUUGUUAUUUAUGCUAGGUUAUCUGAUGGAAAAAGCUACAAUAAUGUUAUGUUGCACAUGCAGAUUUUAAGACUGAGAAAAAGGAUGUUAAAGCAUUUUUAUUUUUCAAGUUUGGACUCAUUUAUAGAAAGUUGCAUGUUGUUGUCUUUGUUGUUUUUCUAACCGACACCAGUGUUACAUUUUCCUAAGAAAGGAACGGUCUCGUUUCAGUCUUCUCCACAGCUCUCCCUCCUGUGUUUCUGGAAUGUAACCUUCUUCCUGCUUUGAGCCUGUUUCUCUCCUAACUCCAGGAAUACCUAGAUAGCAUUGCAGUAGAUCAGCAAUCCUGUCCCAAAAGAAAUGGGUACAUCUCCUAAUUAAUACUGUUCAGAAUGUGAUGAUGACACAGUCUCUCUUUGUACAUAGUCAAGUCAGCAAAUUAAAACAAACUGUAGCUUGAAAUACGUUGGAAUAUGAAAUGGCUUGGGUCUUUCUAAAAAUUAUAAUUUAUCAAUAAAAUAAACAAAUGUGACUCUU